CUGGGCUCCGGGGCCCCCGCCUUGCAGCGAGUCCUGCCCAAGCAGGAGCAGCCGAGCCUGGAUUACUUCUGCCCGCAGCUGCAGCUGGGCGUGACGGAGCCCAUGGUGGUGACACAGGUGUGCCACCCCCACCGCAUCCACUGCCAGCUGCGGAGCUUCUCGCAGGAGAUUCGCCGCCUCUCCGAGAGCAUGGCCCACAUCUACCAGGGUUCCGUGGGGACCGGGGAGGAGAACGACGCCAGUGCUCCCUGGGACGGGGAGGAGGAAAGCCCGGACAAGUCGGGCUCUCCGUGUGCAUCCUGUGGGUUGGACGGACGUUGGUACAGGGCGCUCUUGCUCGAGACCUUUCGGCCGCAGCGCUGUGCCCAGGUGCUUCACAUCGACUUUGGCAGGAAGGAGCUAGUGAGCUGCAGCAGCCUGCGCUACUUGCUGCCGGAGUACUUCCGGAUGCCCGUGGUCACCUACCCCUGUGCUUUGUAUGGCCUCUGGGACGGUGGCCGCGGCUGGUCUCGGUCCCAGGUCGGUGGCCUGAAGGCACUGAUACUGGGCCGGGCCGUGAAUGCAAAGAUUGAGUUUUACUGCUCCUUUGAGCAUGUGUAUUACGUCACCCUGUAUGGAGAAGAUGGGAUGAAUCUUAACUGUGCCUUUGGGGUACAGUCCUGUUGCCUGAUUGAUAGAUUCCUUCAGAGACCGGGAACAGAGGAGGAGGAGGAAGAGUCUCCUGCUGAAGAAGUGGAGGAAGAGCUUUCACUCCCAGCCCUGAGGUCUGUCCGUUUAAAGAUCAAUGCCUUCUAUGAUGCCCAGGUCGAGUUUGUUCAAGAUCCUUCUGAGUUCUGGAUCCGGUUGCGGAAACACAGGGGCUCCUUCAGCAAGCUGAUGAAGAGAAUGAGCAGUUUCUAUUCCUCGGCCAGGAAGCUGGAUGGGAUCGUUUUGAAACCGAAAUCUGAUGACCUCUGCUGUGUGAAAUGGACCGAGGAUGGUUACUAUCGGGCUGUGGUGACCAGAUUGGACGCCAAGAAUGUGGAUGUAUUCUUAGUUGAUCGAGGCAAUUCGGAGAAGGUGGACUGGUGUGACGUGAGGAUGCUGCUGCCUCAGUUCAGACGGCUCCCAGGAUUGGCUCUGAGGUGCACUCUGGCUGACAUUUGGCCUGUGGUAGGAACCUGGAGCCAGGAGGCAAUUUCCUUUUUUAAAAAGACUGUGCUCCACAAAGAAUUAGUCAUCCAUGUCCUUGAUAAGCAGGAUAAGCAGUAUGUUGUAGAGAUUCUUGAUGAAUCAAGAGCAGGGGAAGAAAACAUUGGUAAGGUAAUUGCUCAAGCUGGAUAUGCCAAGUAUCAGGAAUUUGAAACACAGAAAAAUAUCCCUGGAUGUACCCACUCCCCAGAGCAUGUUUCAAACCAUUUCAGUGCUGAGAAGAACAAAAUACCUUCUGCCAAGAAGGAAGAAGUAGAACAGAAAGCCAAGGGAGAUAAUAAAACUACAUGUGUUUCAGAAGCUUUGGCGGACACAAUAGUUGGUACAAAUGUUUCAACGGGACUAGUUGUGCAGGGAAAAGAGAAAAGAAUGUCUGUUUAUUCUCCUCUUCUACAGAACUUGGAAAUUAAGCUAGGCUCUUCUUGUAAAGAAGAGAUAAAAAUUGGAAGCACAAUGGAAGUCAAAGUGUCUUAUGCUAAAAACCCUGGCUAUUUCUGGUGCCAACUGACCAGGCACAUGCAAGAAUUUAAAGCUUUAAUGUGUGAUAUUCAGGACUAUUGCAAGAAUACCCCUACUCCUUACCAGGGAUCCACCCCCGCUUGUUUGGCAAAGCGAACAGCAAAUGGAAAAUGGUCCAGAGCUCUGAUCAGGAGGACACAAUCUCCAGAGAAUGUCAAAGUAGUAUUUGUAGAUUAUGGAGACAAAGAUGUGGUAUCUGUGACGAAUAUUUGCGCAAUUAGUGAAGCAUUUCUCAAAGUUAAGGCUCAGGCUUUUCGGUGCAGUCUUUAUAACUUAAUUGAACCAACUGGCCAAAAUCCUUUUGCUUGGGGUGAAAAGGCAAUAAAAGUUUUCCGUGAAUUUGUAGUCAAUGCGUGGAAAGACAAUCUAGAAUUAAAAUGCACAGUAUUUGCCACUGCAUCAACAGGUGACGAACUGUUUUAUAUCGUGGAUUUGCUAACACCCUUUCAGAGUGCAAGCCAUAUUUUGAUAGAAAAAGGAUUUGCAAGACCAAUCAAACUUCCAAAGCCGCUGGGGUUCCCCAUUCAGCUAUGUUCUUACUACUAUUCAACACAUGAUAUAAAAAUCGGAAGUGAAGAAUUAGUGCUUGUAACACAUGUUGUUGACCCUUGGACAUUUUACUGCCAGUUGGGAAGAAAUGCCCAUAUUUUAGAAGAGUUGUCAUGUUCUAUAAUACAAUUAAAUAAAACUUUGCUGAACAUUAAAAAAACACCGUUGAUCCCUGGGGACUUGUGCCUUGCUAAGGAUACCGACAGAAAUUGGAGUAGGGGGAUAAUGAUAGAAAAAGACCCAAAUAAAGUCUUUUUUGUUGAUUUUGGCAACAUUCGUGUGGUAACAAAUGAUGAUCUGCUUUCCAUACCUAGUGAUGCAUGUGAUGUCUUAUUUUUGCCCAUGCAGGGCAUUAGAUGCUCAUUGUCUGAUAUUCCAGACCAUAUACCAGAAGAAGUGACAACAUGGUUUCAGGAGACUAUUUUAGGCAAGUUAUUGAAGGCUGUGGCCGUAGCCAAAGAUCCAGAUGGAAGACUGAUGAUAGAACUAUAUGAUGACAGUAUUCAAAUUAAUGCUAAUAUUAAUGAGAAGUUAGCAUUACUUGGUUACAAAGGUAGGGAACAAAAAAAAGAAGAAAGUGAAGUACUCUCUACAACAGAAACUCUUGAUGUGAAAAAGAAAUAUAUGAAGUUGUCACCUAUGGAAUAUUUAAGCAAACAAGUAGAGAACAAGAUAUACAAUAUGGAGAUCCUGGCAGAAUCAGACAAACCUAAGGGAAGCUCAGCAGGUAAGGAACUCAAACUUUCACAAAGUUCAACAAAGACAAACGUAGUCGCUCAACAUCGCAACUCUGUGGGGAAUGAAAAGAGUGAAGUGUCUUCAUUAAUAGAAAAGAAAGAAAAAAGGAAAGUCAUGGAACUAGAAGUCACUCCUUUAGAGAGAAAAAGAGGAGAUUCCUGUAACAAAAAUUUGCCUCUAAAAUUGUCCGAGUUCCCACAGAAGACUAUAAAGCCUGGCUUUAAAACAACUGUAUAUGUUUCUCAUAUAAAUGACCUUUCAGACUUUUAUGUGCAACUAACAGAAGAUGAAGCUGCACUCAAUCGUCUUUCAGAGAGAUUAAAUGAUGUUAGCAUAAGGCCCAAAUGUUAUGCAGGUCCUCCUUUACAAAGUGGAGAUAUAAUAUGUGCUACUUUCCCAGAUGACAAUUUGUGGUAUCGCGCUGUGGUCAAGGAAAAACAACCCAGUGACCUUCUUUCUGUACAAUUUAUAGAUUAUGGCAAUGUUUCCAUGAUUCCUACUAACAAGAUAGGUAAACUUGAUCUUGUUCAUGCCCUGUUACCAAGGUUGUGCAUUCACUGCUCCUUACAGGGACUUUGGGUUCCUGAGAUUCUUCAUUGUAAAGAAAUGAUGCGUUACUUUUCUCAAAGGACAGACGAGGCUCCAAUAAAAUGUGAAUUUGUUAAAUUUCAAGACAGAUGGGAAGUUAUUCUUGCUGAUGAACAUGGGAUCAUAGCAGAAGAUAUGAUCAGCAGAUAUACUUUCAGUGAAAAAUCUGAAGUAGGACUUUCCAUCCAAAUAAUGAAUGGCGCCUUUUCCAAGUCGGCCAACAAAACAGACAGUGGCACUUCAGUAUUUCUUAACUGGUAUAAUCCCAAGAUGAAAACGAUAAGAGCUUAUGCCACUGUGGUAGAUGGACCUGAAUAUUUUUGGUGUCAGUUUGCUGAUACUGAGAAACUUCAGUAUUUAGAAGGAAGACUACAAAGUGCUGGAGAAUGGACAACAGAUGGGAGAAGCUGUAUCUCGUGUCCUCAUAUUGGAGAUCCUUGCAUAGUGAGAUACAGAGAAGAUGGGCGCUUGUAUAGGGCACUUAUCACCAAUAUUUGCAAAGAUUCUCUUGUGUCUGUCAGGCUGGUGGACUUUGGGAACAUUGAAGACUGCGUGGACCCAAAAUCCCUCUGGACCAUUCCUUCUGAACUUAUGGUGAUCCCCAUGCAAGCCUUUCCCUGUUGUCUCUUGGGAUUUCAUAUUUCAGAGGAUGUGUGCCCUCAAGAGGGAAAUGACAUUUUUUAUGAAAUCGUCACAGAAGAUGUGUUGGAGAUAACAAUCUUAGAAAUAAAAAAGGAUAUUUGUGAUAUCCCUUUAGCAAUUGUUGACUUGAAAAGCAAAGGUGAAAGUAUUAAUGAGAAAAUGAAAAGGUAUUCUAAGAUUGGUAUUAGAAACAGUGAUCUGCCCUAUGAAAAAAAUGGCCCAGGGAUCAAGGGAGCUCUUAGAUCCCCUGGUCCUGAUGUCAGACUUAAGAAACCAUGGAGUAAGGCUGGGCAAGAGAAAACAUUAUAUGUGGAACCACAGACAGAUGAGUUCUCUGUAAGAAUUGAGAAAGACUUAAACAUGAUUGAAACCAAGCCAAAUAAAUUCCAUGACCCCAAAAUGGAUACCGUUUUUGAAGCUUUUGAAAACCCAUGCAAAGACAAGACUGGCACUGAGGUCCUGGAAGGUCAAGUAGAGUGCCAUUUGGUUGACAAAGCAAAGUUUGAUGAUGAACCAAUGACAGGAUUGAAUGUGUUAUUACCGCGUGCCGAUGAAACAGAGGAGAUACUAGAACUGAAUUCACUUGAGAUGCCGCUUUCUCCUGAUGAUGAAUCAAAAGAAUUCGUGGACCUGGAAUCCAUGGAGUUACAGCAUUCCCUAGUCGGGGAUGAAGAAAAAGAAGAGCCAGGCCUGGUGCCUCCUGUCGAGCCACUCCCCCUGGUCUGCGACACAGAAGUCACCCUGGAGCCCUUCACAGUGCAGCUGCCCCUCACCUGUGAGGCCGAGAAGCAGCCAGAGCUAGACUUACCUACAGCCCAGCUGUGCCUAGAAUCCCUGUGUGCUGAGGACACGAGAGAGUCAAGCUGCGUGGAAUGGUGUGAUGAACAACAUGGGUUGCCAUUGCAUCUACAUGGAAAGGAUUGUGAUCCCAAGACACAGGUUGAAAUGAACAUACAUAAAGAAGAAUUUACAGAAUAUAAACACAGAGAUGCCAUUUCCUCAUUGACGUCUCUGCUUUCUGAGGAAGAACCCAGAGAUGAGCGGAAGCAUGGUGCUUUACCAGAGGUCCCAGCUCAACCAGAGAACACAUACACUUUGAAAGGAUUUACUGUUGGAUCCAAAUGUGUUGUGUGGUCAAGACACACAUGGUCUAAAUGUGAGAUUUUGGAAAUAGCUGAAGAAGGUACAAAGGUUUUGAACCUUUCAAAUGGUAUGGAGGAGAUAGUAAACCCUGAGAAUGUCUGGAAUGGCAUACCCAAAUUGGAUAAGAGUCCAUCUGAGAAAAGGGGCCUGGAGGUAACAUAGAUUUAGCUGUGGAUCCAGUCAGAGCUGCUCUUAGACAAGAGGCGUGGCAUCCAGACCAAUGGAGUGUUUGAGCUAAUUGAGAGCCUGAAUGACAAGAAGUUGUCAUGCUUUGGAAACUUUGAUAUGUGUUGAAAACCAAAUAGAUCUCAGGUUGAGUGUGCAGUGUAUUUAUAGUCAUAUUGCUGAAUGUAUAUGGAUCCGGGAUCUUUAUUUUGCUAACUAAUUUAUUAACACAUUAGUUCAUAUUUUAAAAAAUUAUUAUUUUAAAAUAUACUGUUUAAAUUAAAAAAGUAUAGGUUUAUGACAAGUAUAUUUUAUGAUUCUACUUAGGA